UUUUCCAAUUCCGUUUUCAAAUCUCACGAAUCUUCAAAUGAUCGUCUCUUCAGUAGCUCCGCCGCCCGCUGUCGGUUCCGGAAUUUGUUUCCGGCGGCCCAGUGCGUCGCAUUUAUCGAUGUUUUCCGCCGCCCGCCUCACUUCAGCUUCCACAAAGCUCUCUUCCCUGUCCUCCACCUUUUUCCCCGUCCGAAAGGAUGUCAUUGGCAGCUUCAAAGCUUUUGAGAUUAAACUUGUUGAUAGAGUUUCUGUAUCCACAAAGGCGGAAAAUUACCUUGAAACUGAACCUGUGAAACAAGAUAUUAUGAGCACAGAUGCUCUGACAAUAAAAUUUGAGGAUGCUGUUUUCUUAGAACCAGCAUCUUCUCCCGCUGCAAAGAAAUUGAAGAAGGAAGGUUCAGAGUCUUCUUCUGCUGCAAAAAAUUCGAAAAAGGAAAAGAAUCCCAAGCGACUUAGCACUAGUGCUGCUUUGAUAAAAAGGACUGACCAUUUCCAAAUCUUCAGAUAUCCUCUUGGGACAGAGUCUGCAAUAAAGGCAAUGUUGGAAUGUAACACUUUGGUUUUUGUAGUCGACAAACGUGCUGAUAAGAAGAAUAUCAAAGAGGCUGCUAUAAAUAUGUUUAAGAUAAGGGUCAAGAAAGUGAAUACUUCGAUCACGCCUGAUUGAACCAAGAAAGCUUAUAUCAUGCUCCCACCAGAUUGCAAGGCUGCGGACGUGGCUAAAAGGAUUAAAAUCUUGUGAAGAUCAUACAUGUGAUCCUGAUUCCUGACCUUGCGAUUUCGCUCUACAAUAACAAUUUUUUGACCAUCAAUAUUCAGGUAUCUUAAUCCCUAGAUGUUUUGCCUUCGGUUCUGAAGCUGUUUAAUUCCUCAUAAAAAUCUGCCACUAACCCACCAUUUGCCUUAUAACUGGAUCUGGUUUUCUCCUUUUACCCGUGAAUGAGUAUAAUGAAGGAUAUUAGUUUGUAAUGGGCAGGCUUCUGGAUGUGUUUAGUAUCAGCGGACUUUUUUUGUUGAUUGCUAGUGAUAAAUGUUGACACUUGGGAUAAAGCAACUGAAAUCUUCUGAACCUUUUAUGUUUCUUGUGAAGGAAAGUGGAGGAUGGGAUUCUUGUGUGUUAGUUGAAACAAAUGGAGAAUAAGCAGUUGAUUUUUGUUUUAUCUUAAGUGCCUAUUUUGUAGCGUGUUGUGUGUAUUUACUUAGUUAGGAUUGGGAACUGGAUUAGUUUUGUGGAUUAUGCUUGAUAGGCCUAUGUAUUAACUGCCGUUUUCACCAAUGAUAAUGAAGUUGUGUUUACCAUCACAUGCU